ACCGAACUGUUCCCUGUCACGGUCACAUGUCCGGGACAGUAAUAGUUUUCUCAAGCAAAUACACUAACAUAAAUCUUCCAUGUGUUGAAGUUCGGGACUUACAUCUAGAUGAAGUUGGCUACUCUCUCAUGAAUCGUCACGUAGGCCUAUGCAAUCCAGAGCCUAACGGCACAUAGAAGUACGUUCAUCACCUUCUCCGUGUCAUGGGACCUAGCGUUCGGAAUACUCACUGCCGCUCUAUUGGUCGUCUAUGUAUAAAAUACAGACCUGUUCUAUAGCUAGAGGCUGUGGACACAUUGUGAACCACUGCUGGCUGCAACAUGCUCCACCUCGGCCUUGUCACCUUUCUCCUGCCGCUCGUUGCCUUUGCUGUGUUAGCAGCACCAGGCCCGCUCCAAGUUCGCCUUACCUCUGGCACGUUUCGCGGUCAGACUGUUUCCAAUGGGACGGAUCGAUGGUUAGGCAUACCAUUUGCUCAGCCACCAAUUGGUCCGUUACGAUUUAAGGCACCAGUCGCCAUUACUAGGCCGUCUGUCAAUGUGCAGAAUGCGUUCACAUUCGGAGAUGCUUGUCCACAGGUUCCUUCUGAUACCUUAGGUGCUCCGCAGAGCGAGGAUUGUCUUUCGCUAAACGUAUGGCGUCCGGCCGGCACAGCGAGCAAUGCCAAGCUCCCGGUCUUAGUCUGGUUCUACGGAGGCGCUUUCAUGAAUGGCGCAGCAUCCGAUCAUGCCUACGACCCAACGCGUAUAAUCGCACGAAGCGUUUCUAUUGGAAAACCAAUCUUGUUUGUUUCAGUCAACUAUCGUGUCAACACGUUCGGUUUCCUUUCAAGCCGCCACGUCGCUCCCGAAGAUCUCAACGCCGGAUUCCACGACCAACGUCUGGCCCUCAGCUUCGUUCAAGAUAACAUUGGUGCUUUUGGUGGAGACGCGUCCAGGGUAACAAUUUGGGGCCAGUCUGCCGGUGCUGGUAGCGCUGAAGCACAUGUCCUCUUUCCUGCUCCGGGAAGGAGUCUUUUCCAUGGCGUCAUUCUUGACUCUGCAACCGGGCCAUUUAAGAACUCGCCACCUGCAAGUCGCUACGACGAUCCUGGCUUCCCAUUCGCCCGCCUACUGGAGGCGACUGGAUGUCCUGAAGGACCAACUGCGUUAGCCUGCUUGCGAGGAGUCCCGUUUGAUACUUUACACAAUAUCUCAGCUACGAUGACCGAUGCUACUUUAAACCAUCAGCUAUGGCAACCUUCCGUUGGUCCCCCGGGUAGUUUUGUUACUAUCCGGCCUUCUCUGAAGAUCGCGAGUGGUGACUUUUUGAAUGUCCCAAUUAUAGCUGGCACGAAUACGAAUGAAGGUACGACGUUCAGCACAACGCUCCGCAACCUAGGCAUUCCCCCAGAACAAGAAGACGCCGCUUUUGACGACUUCAUCCGAAGACUCAUGAUUGAUCCUACACAAUUAACCACUAACACGUUCAACCGAAUCCAUGAACUCUUCCCUGCAAACUCAACUGCGAAUGGUGCUCCGUUUGCCACUGGGGAUUCAUUGUUCGAUAGGGCCGAACAGUGGUAUACUGAUAACAUGUACCUCGGACCGAGGAGGCUGUUAUUCAAUAAAGCUGCGACACGGGGACAAAAAUUGUUCGCGUAUGCUUUCAGGGAGUUUAUACCUGGCAAUGACCCUACUCUGGGAGUCUUCCACGCAUCUGAGUUGCCUUUGCUCUUCGGUCCUGUACCCAACCCAGUAGAAGACACAUUCGCUAAGCAGUUCACGGACUUUUACAUCAACUUUGUCAAUGACUUGAAUCCUGGGGGUGGAUGGCCAGUAUUCGAUGCCAAGUCAAGGAGCGUCAUGCAAUUGAAGCGAGACAACAUCACCGUCAUUCCAGAUGACUUUCAGCUGGAGAAAACCGAAUUCCUGACUUCCCCGGAGGUCCUCGCUGAGUUCAUGAAAUGAUCCCAUGUCGAACUGAUCAACUGUAUGAAACGUUGCGACUAUACAAUAUCAUAUAUGAUUGAUUUGAGUUCCUUGUGACAUACUACUUACAAUUACUACAAUACAGGUAUGACGACAACGACGAUGAUGCAAGGAUGUACACUAUAGAACUAUAACUGCUACAUUUGAGACAGGUUAUGCAAGAAAGUCCUUGAAGAC